UGAAAGUUGACAAUGUACAACAGGGCGAGAAUUUGAUAAUCACGUUACUGUCUUACCAUUGUCACCCUACUGUUGUCGUCUGAGAUAAAUGAUUUAAAAGUUGGUUUGUUCGUUGCUACGUUGGGUUGUUGCGGAUAUUAUUAAUCCAAUGGACAAAGUAUCUUGUAUGGAUGUAUAGUACAUAUAAUAUGUAAAUCUAACUUCAGAGUUCAACCAUUGUUCAACUAGAAGGCUUUUGACGUUCUUCAAGUUUUAAUAUUUUUUGUGACAAUAGUAUUGUUGGAAAUCCCUCACUUGGUUGUUAUGAUGAUUUGGAAUAAUACUAUGAACAUAUCUCAAAAGUUUUCAAGACUAUUUAAAACACUUGGAAAAUUAUCAUAUCGUCAAGUUAACACAUUAUCAGAUGAUAUAAAUCAGGUAGUUCUGUUAGGUAAAGUGACUUUUUUACAUUUGGGUGAAAGCGCUAAUGGUAAAAAUGUUUAUGCAACUAUUGGAUUAGUAACGAAAAAUAAUUAUAUGACUGCGAAUGGGUAUUCAUCUACCUUAGCUUUUCAUAAUGUGUUUGUUUUCAAGCAAUCCUUUGUGGAUAAAGUUAAACAUUUAACUAAAGGUGAUCGAUUAUGUGUUAUUGGUCAAUUGAACUCUUAUUCUAAUCCUAAUGGUUAUUGGCGUUCUAGUGUUACAGCUGAAAUAGUGAGUCCACUUAUUGGAUUAUCAACAGUUGAUACCAAUGAUGAUAUACAAGCUGAAAAAGUUGAAGAAGACGAAGAGAUUUUAACAGAUGAAAUGAAUGAUAAAUUUGAUGCUGAAAAAUAAUACACUUCAGUAUAUGUAUAUAUAUAUAUAUCAUAGAUUUGUACAAUAUCUUGUUUGUAAUAAUAAGAAAUUCGAAAUAGAA